CGGCCGCCGGCGUCCGGCUGCCAGUAGUCGAGGAGCGGAAGCCGCUUUACUGAAGCGGGCUUGGGUGCUCCAGAGCUCGGCCGGCUGCUGAACCGCAGCUUCCGGCAGCCGCGGCAACGGCUAGGCGCGGGGCGCGGGCGCCCCGAGGACCCCGUAACCGGGCGGGCGCCCCGAACGGGCAACCCCGCCGAGGGAGGUGGCCGUGGCGGUCGCGCUCGGGCGCCCCGUGCGCCGCGCUCCAUGCCCGUGUGGUGCUGCCGCUGCUCCCUGGCCGGUCAUUUCAGAAACUAUAGUGACCCUGAAACUGAAGGAGAGAUUUUUAAUUCCUUAGUGCAAUAUUUUGGUGAUAAUUUGGGGCGAAAAGUUAAAGCUAUGCCAUUAGUUGAAGAAACUUCUUUACUUGAAGAUUCAUCAGUGACUUUGCCUGUGGUAGUAAUAGGAAAUGGACCCUCAGGAAUCUGCCUUUCUUAUAUGCUGUCAGGCUACAGACCAUAUUUAUCAUCAGAAGCAAUACAUCCAAACACAAUCUUACAUAGCAAAUUAGAAGAAGCGAGACAUCUUUCCAUUGUUGAUCAGGACUUAGAGUAUUUGUCUGAGGGCCUUGAGGGUCGAUCAUCCAAUCCUGUUGCAGUACUUUUCGACGCACUUCUUCAUCCAGAUGCUGACUUUGGGUAUGAUUAUCCAUCCAUUUUGCAUUGGAAAUUAGAACAGCAUCAUUAUAUCCCUCACUUAGUUCUUGGUAAAGGUCCACCUGGUGGAGCUUGGCAUAAUAUGGAAGGCUCGAUGUUGACAAUCAGCUUUGGAAAUUGGAUGGAGCUACCUGGACUUAAAUUUAAAGAUUGGGUAUCUAGCAAACGAAGGAACCUAAAAGGGGAUCGAGUUAUGCCAGAGGAAAUAGCUCGCUACUAUAAACAUUAUGUAAAAGUCAUGGGUCUUCAGAAGAAUUUCAGAAAGAAUACUUACAUUACCUCUGUAUCAAGACUCUACAGAGAUCAAGUUGAUAAUGAUGGUCAAGACAGAGAUAUUUCAACACAGCAUUUACAGAUAGGGAAGUCAAAAUUUACCAAGAGAAACUGGGAAAUCAGGGGUUAUCAGCGAAUAGGAGAUGGUUCCCAUAUUCCUUUCUGUCUCUUUGCUGAAAAUGUAGCUCUGGCAACUGGAACAUUGGAUUCUCCUGGCCGUUUGGAAAUUGAUGGGGAAGAUUUUCCUUUUGUGUUUCAUUCAAUGCCUGAAUUUGGAGCCGCUAUAAGCAAAGGAAAGUUGUGUGGCAAGGUGGAUCCAGUGUUAAUUGUAGGUUCUGGGCUUACCGCAGCUGAUGCAGUACUGUGUGCUUACAACAAUAAUGUCCCUGUGAUUCAUGUAUUUCGCAGACGAGUAACUGAUCCAAGCUUAAUUUUCAAACAGCUUCCCAAAAAGCUUUAUCCAGAAUACCAUAAAGUCUAUCAUAUGAUGUGUACUCAGUCAUAUUCUUUAGACUCAAAUCUUUUAUCUGAUUAUACCAGUUUUCCUGAGCACCAUGUGCUUUCCUUUAAGUCGGACAUGAAAUGCAUUCUUCAAAAUAUCUCUGGAUUGAAGAAAAUAUUUAAGCUCUCUGCAGCAGUAGUGUUGAUAGGUUCUCAUCCCAAUCUGUCCUUUCUGAAGGAGCAAGGGUGUUACCUGGGCCACAACUCAAGCCAGCCAAUCACAUGUAAGGGUAAUCCUGUGGAAAUAGAUGCAUAUACAUAUGAGUGUGUUAAAGAAGCCAACCUUUUUGCAUUGGGUCCUUUGGUUGGAGACAAUUUUGUUAGAUUUUUAAAGGGAGGGGCACUGGGUGUUACACGCUGUUUAGCUACAAGACAGAAGAAAAAAAAGCAGCAUUUAUUUGUUGAAAGAGGAGGAGGAGAUGGGAUAGCUUAGAGCAGGUUUACAAGUAAUUUAUAUGAACACUUUACCAUUAAAGAUUUUUAAUAGUGGUUUUACAGUGUACUGGCUUGAAUUUUCUGAACUUGAAUUAACUGGAAGAGCCUCAAGCUAUAGUAACUAUUUUUUAAAGU